AUGCUUCUAACGACCACAAUUGCGAUACCAAUUGCAAUCACGAGACCUAUUACACCGAUCGAAACUAUAAAGGAUCAAGUAAGAGCUAUAACCGUGGCUCAAGAAGCUACAAUCGCGGUAAUAGAAGCAGAGGUAGGAACAAAGGUUUUGCACGUAAAAGAAGGAAUAAAGGCUUCCGCGGAAGUAGAAAGCUUAAGCUUCUUGGCGGACUACGAAAGAGUAGAGAGUAUUGCAGACGAAGAAAAUCACCAAGAUCAAGCAACAUACGCUACUGAAAACUAUCAGUACGACGAAUACGAUUACGGUGACCGCAAUUACUUCACUCAGACCUUUCUCACCGAGGCUAAAAAGGUGAUAGGCGCCGAAACCAUUGCAAUUUUGCAAGAACGCUCAGCUUACUACGCUUUCACCACCUUGGACGCUAUGAACCCUUUAAUUAAGGAAGAUAAGACCGUUCCACUAAAGACCUACAUUUCACACUCCCGGUAUUCAGCUUAUCGAUUCUAA